CUGUAUAAUGAAUGUUUUUUGAGUGAGUUUUUUUGUUUCCCCAUAAUCAACAGAUUUAUCCAUGUAUUGGUAGCAAAGUUCUUUUUUCAGUAUUGUCAGUGCAAUGCCAAGCUGCUGCUGAUCGCGAGUCGCAUCCGGAAGAAGUCGAGCAGCCUCCGAAAAAAGUUGCAAGUGUAGCCAGUGAUGGAUCGGUGACUCGAAAGAUGAAACGCUCGACAACCAGCCCAGUAUGACUACCAAGUUCAACAACAAGAACGGAGGACGAGGACAAAUGCGUUGUAGUUAGUUUAUUUUUUAGGUUUGCACCCCGUAAAACGAGAAAAUUUUGGAAUAAUUUAGAAAUUAUUAACUUUUUAGUAUCUUUUUCAAAUUUUCAUCAAUUUUAUCUAAUAAAAAAACUAAUAUUUUUUAUUUAUUCUGAACUCUAAUUCCUAAUUGUAAAUUUUUUAUUAGAAAAAAAAUACUGAGAUAAAAAUUAGUGAAAUUUUUAGUUUGAUAUUAGUUGUUUUAAAAAAUUGGGUUUUUUUUUGGAUUCAAUAACAAGAUUGAUUUGAAAUCUUGAAAGUUAUAAAUUAAGAGACCAAAUCUCUUAAUUUAUCGAAUUUUCAAGAGUUGCAUUGAUCAGUCUUUUUUUUAGAGUUCAAUUAAAAAUCCGAUAUUUUAAUAGUAUAAAUUUGACUUCUUGUUUUUAUGUAGGAUUGGGUAGAAAUUAGUGAAAUUUUUAGUUUGAUAUUAGUUGUUUUAAAAAAUUGGGUUUUUUUUUUGGAUUCAGGAACAAGAUUGAUUUGAAAUCUUGAAAGUUAUAAAUUAAGAGACCAAAUCUCUUAAUUUAUCGAAUUUUCAAGAGUUGCAUUGAUCAGUCUUUUUUUAGAGUUCAAUUAAAAAUCCGAUUUUUUAAAAAUAUAAAUUUGAUUUCUUGUUUGUAGGAUUGGGUAGAAAUUAGUGAAAUUUUUAGUUUGAUAUUAGUUGUUUUAAAAAAUUGGGUUUUUUUGGAUUCAAGAACAAGAUUGAUUUGAAAUCUUGAAAGUUAUAAAUUAAGAGACCAAAUCUCUUAAUUUAUCGAAUUUUCAAGAGUUGCAUUGAUCAGUCUUUUUUUUUAGAGUUCAAUUAAAAAUCCGAUAUUUUAAAAAUAUAAAUUUGAUUUCUUGUUUGUAGGAUUGGGUAGAAAUUAGUGAAAUUUUUAGUUUGAUAUUAGUUGUUUUAAAAAAUUGGGUUUUUUUUGGAUUCAAAAACGAGAUUGAUUUGAAUUCUUGAAAGUUAUAAAUUAAGAGACCAAAUCUCUUAAUUUAUCGAAUUUUCAAGAGUUGCAUUGAUCAGUCUUUUUUUUUAGAGUUCAAUUAAAAAUCCGAUAUUUUAAUAGUAUAAAUUUGACUUCUUGUUUUUAUGUAGGAUUGGGUAGAAAUCAGUGAAAUUUUUAGUUUGAUAUUAGUUGUUUUAAAAAAUUGGGUUUUUUUUUGGAUUCAAUAACAAGAUUGAUUUGAAUUCUUGAAAGUUAUAAAUUAAGAGACCAAAUCACUUAAUUUAUCGAAUUUUCAAGAGUUGCAUUAAUCAGUCUUUUUUUUAGAGUUCAAUUAAAAAUCCGAUAUUUUAAUAGUAUAAAUUUGACUUCUUGUUUUUAUGUAGGAUUGGGUAGAAAUCAGUGAAAUUUUUAGUUUGAUAUUAGUUGUUUUAAAAAAAAAAUUGGGGUUUUUUCUUGGAUUCAAAAACAAGAUUAAUUUGAAAUAGUCUAGGUCAGACACUCCGCCGGUUGUCCGAGAGUUCGCCGACAUGUCGUUUUCUCCGCCGGUUCUCCAGCCUGUUUCUCUGAGGACGAGCGUUCGCCGUUGGUUGUCAUUUUCUCUUCUUACGGGAGACCUAUUCCUGCUGCCUUCGUGCUGCCUGCCUGCCACCGUCUUCCGUCGCCGUCUUCUGCAUUCAGCCGCCUCACGUCUUCAGCCGCCAACGUCUUCACUAUCUGCCACGUCAAGCUGUUUUGCACGAAGAAUUGGAUCGAUAUUAUUCAGAUGAGUUGUUUUUUUUUCAUUUAUCUCCAUUUUUGUGCUUUUUCGUUUGUUUUGUUUCAGGAACUACGACAACCGUGUCCAUCUGCUUCAGUUCUGCAUUUGCUGUCAAAUCGCCUCCUCAAAUUGCUUCAUCUUCAGUUGCUGAUCCUGGUGAUUUCGUAAUGAAGGAAUUCUCGGUAUUUUCACUGAGAAUUUUUCGUUUUCAAGCUCGAGUCACCAGGAUAAUCACCACCAAGUGGAAAAUUUGGAAACAAGUCUGGCUCGCCAAAAAUUUGGAAAUUUUCCAUUUUUCUGGCUCAUAUCGGACUGUUUCUAGGUUUUGCCACUAGCGCAUCACGCGCUCAUCAUUGAAAUAAUAAAGUUUUUUUUGUAAUGCGUUUUUGAUUCCUCCCAAUCGACUGAUUUCUUAAAAAUUCCGAUACUAAUCAUUUUUUUCCAGAAUUGUCAUUGCUGAUUUUCUACUUCUCAGUCUUCUUCAACCGUCUCCUGCAAUCUUCACAAGAUCGCCGCUGUCAAGCUGACCUCAACACACAUCAUUGCUAUCAAUUCGUCGCCUCAUCUUCAGUCGCUGUUCAACGCCUGGAAUGUCGAGCAGCCGCCAAUCCAUCGUCGUCUUCAGAAGCCGCCAAGUCGAGCUGGAAAUGGAAGAUUUUUGCACCGCCUACAGGAUUUCAAUCGGAAUUCGCCUGGGAAAUCUUGUAGAACUUCGGGGAAAAUUUCAUCACGGCACGCAGAACAACGAAAAAGUGACAUCGCUAUUUUUGAAUGGAAUUAUUUUUAUUGUGAAGGCUUUAUUCGAGUUGUAGAAUGUUUGAGGGGUUGUCAGAGUCCCAAGAAGCCAACAAAAAAUAUAACAUUGUCCACCAUGUCUCACACCAAGUUUGGGUGGAGAUUUUUGGAACAGUCUGCUUCAUUGGGAAAAAUCAUUGAUCUCCAUUGAUUUUGUGGUCAAAAUCGGGAGUAAGGUUGAAAUAAAUGUAUUUCUGGACUAACAUAUGUAACUAAGAAUAAAAAUCAACCUCGAUAAGAAACAUCAAGUGCUCCAGCCAAUCACUGUACACAAUAAAAGAUAAAAUCUCCCAAAAUCGCUGUUGAGAAACAAUUUUUUCGAUUUGAGCAACAUUUUAAAAUUGAUAUUAUUUUUGUCAGAAACGAACCCAUUGCAUAUUUCCUUUCAAAUUAGUUAUCAGAAAGGUUCUAGGUAAACCUGCAAUCAACUAUUUUGACUAUACAGAACCUAGUUUUCAAGUAUUGGGACAAUAUGUCCGACAAAUGCCAGCGUGCCGAGAUGAAAUUUUCCCCGAAGUUCUACAAGAUUUCCCAGGUCGCAGAAUCAACCAAAUCAAGAGAUAUUGGUUCCAAUUCACUCGUUAGGGACCUAAUUAAGUAUUUUGAAAACGAUAUACAAAAAACUGUUCUAAAUUUGAAAAUAAUAUUGAAUUAUAGCUGUCCACGUAUUUAUGGCGCACCCUGUAGUUAAUUUUUUGGCUUUUACAUUUAGAUUUACAUUCAGUUUUUUCUAAAAUGUUUCUUACUCAGGAAAUUUUGGGCAACGAUUUAGCAAGUUGCUGCCCUCUCGCAACUUGCUAUCUCCUUGCUGCACUUUUAGCGACUCGCGCGAUUCUUGCUGCAUUUUUAGGUUGCAAUUUGUGUCAUGAAUUUGGUCCAGCAAGUUGCGAAAUUCUUGCUGGAUCCAUUUUUAUUGAGAUGGAUAGAGGGCGGAACAUUUUUUUUGAAAGCAUGCCAAUAGGCAAAACUCAUUUUUUGUCGGGCAGAAAAUAAUUAUAAAUUGGUCCCGAGGACAUCUCUACAAGUUAUUGAGGGGUAUUUUUUAUUGCUAUGGCAUUACAAUGCUACAGUACUACCAAUAACUAAAUUAAUUUUGAUCUCGACAAACUUUGUCUUUCAUAAUAAAAAAAGAAUGAACCUCUAAUUUUUUUUUUUCUCGAAAUUUGUUCAGCAACUCGCGGUUUUCUUGCCGAUUACGAAAAAAGAAAAUCUCGCUUGCUACAAUAGGCGAUUCCGCGGCAAACUAGUGUCCGAACCGCAUGUUUUAGCAAGCAGAAAAAAAAAAUUGCGAAAAAUCUCCUGAGUUUCACCAUUUUCCAGCUCGAGUCGAGCUGUUUACUGCAAGCUAUCGCAUCAUCAUCUCAAACUCCAUGCCAUCAACAUCAUCUUCCACAAUCUCCAAUUCUUCUGA